AUGAUUUCAACAAUCGGCACAACAACAAUUCAAACAACAGCACCAAACUCUUUAGUCAUGAAUCCAACAUCUAUGUUAGUAGAGAUGAAAAGCUUCAUUCCUUCUUCAUAUACUUUUGAAACAGAAAUCCAGAAGAUAAAGCAAGAACUUUUAACAAGUAAUUUAGACUGUAGUGCGAAAGAUGAAACAAAUGAACAGUAUCUUUAUGAAAUGCAGGACAUUAUUGACCAUUUACCCAAACUACCUGAAAUCCAACAACAAAAACUCACUAUUCCUGAAUUCGAUGAAAUAGAAGUGAAACCAACUGACUCAGUAGAAAUAAAGAAGUUCAUUCGUAAGGUAAACUAUGAGUUUCUAGGAUUUCAUUGCAACCAUAAAGUUAUGGACAAAGAUUGCGACAUGGUAUAUAAGAACAUCUCUGACAUAUAUAAAUCUGAAGAAUUUAAGACCUACGACAACUUUGUUUCGUUAGUUGCUGAAUGUGUAUGGCAGAUAAGAGAUAAAGAUAGAAGAGGCAAAGUAUGGAACAAACAAAUAAGACCCGCUAUGUUUGAGAUGAAGAGAGCAAUUGACGCUUUAGUUGUUUUAGCUGGU